AUGGUUGAACAUAUUAAAUUAAAUUCAGGUCAUUCUAUGCCACAAAUUGGUUUUGGAUGUUGGAAAUUAGACGAAUCAUCAGCUAGUGAACAAAUUUAUAAUGCUAUAAAAGAAGGUUAUAGAUUAUUUGAUGGUGCUGAAGAUUAUGGAAAUGAAAAACAAGUUGGUCAAGGUAUUAAAAAAGCUAUAGAUGAAGGUUUAGUUAAACGUGAAGAAUUAUUUAUUGUUUCAAAAUUAUGGAAUUCAUAUCAUGAUCCAAAAAAUGUUGAAAUUGCAUUAGAUAAAACAUUAUCAGAUUUAGGGUUAGAUUAUUUAGAUUUAUUCUUGAUUCAUUUCCCAAUUUCAUUUAAAUUUGUUCCAAUUGAAGAAAAAUAUCCACCUGGAUUUUAUUGUGGUGAUGGUGAUAAUUUUCAUUAUGAAAAUGUUCCAAUUUUAAAUACUUGGAAUGCUUUAGAAAAAUUAGUAAAAGCUGGUAAAAUUAAAUCAAUAGGUAUUUCAAAUUUUAAUGGUUCUUUGAUUUAUGAUUUAUUAAGAGGUAUUAGAUCUCAAGGUGGUAUUGAACCUUCAGUUUUACAAAUUGAACAUCAUCCAUAUUUACAACAACCAAGAUUAAUUGAAUAUGUUCAAGGUCAAGGUAUUGCCGUUACUGCAUAUUCAUCCUUUGGUCCACAAAGUUUUAUUGAAUUAGAAUCGAAAAAGGCAAAAGAUACUCCAACUUUAUUUGAACAUGAUACUAUUAAAUCAAUUGCUGAUAAACAUGGUAAAUCUCCUGCUCAAGUUUUAUUAAGAUGGGCCACUCAACACGGUAUUGCAGUUAUUCCAAAAUCAAAUAACCCAAAAAGAUUAGGUCAAAAUUUAAAUGUUAAUGAUUUUAAAUUAUCAGACGAAGAUAUCAAAGAAAUUGCAAAAUUAGAUAUUGGUUUGAGAUUUAAUGAUCCUUGGGAUUGGGAUAAAAUUCCAAUCUUUGUAUAA